GCUGUUUUCAAGUUUUCACCUCAGAGCUUUGGUUCUGUUCUGCUACGAAUGUUUGGUCUGCGUGGCAGCUCAAGCUUGCUGAGAUGCGUGCAAUCCCUAUCUCAGCCCACUCAAAGGCCUUGUUAUAAUCUUCUACGCUCAAGUUUACAUUCAAAUACCAUAACGCGCACUUAUGCUACACAGCUCACUCCCCCACCGACCUCAGCACCCUCUGCAACUUCUCUAGACGCAUCGACCACCCUUUUUAAAACCUACAAACCCGUUUCACCUGGUGUUCGUCACCUUCGUAGACCUAUCAACAACCAUAUCUACCCAGGAAGACCUCUCCGUCUCCUCACCGCACCUCUCCGAAAAAAAGGUGGUCGAAAUGCUCACGGUCGCAUCACAGUACGCUUCAGAGGAGGAGGACACAAGCAACGUAUUCGUGUCGUUGAUUUCAUGCGCAAGGCGCCAGGUAUAUGUGAUGUCGUGCGCAUAGAGUACGACCCUGGCAGGUCGGCACAUAUUGCACUGGUGAAGAACAGGAAUCCAGAAUUGGACGGGCUGAAGAAGUGGAGCUAUAUUCUAGCAUGCGAGGGUAUGAGGGCUGGCGAUGUAGUAGAGAGCUUCAGGUCGGGUAUACCCGAAGGGUUUGUCCCUGGAUAUGUUGACUCUAGGGAUAAGCGUAACAGCACUGGCGAGGCCACAGAGGCUCAAGCACAAUCUAGCACAGAGUCCUCUUCAGCAGCUCUUGCACUUGGUAUUCUUCGUGCCAAAACAGUCAAGCCUGGGAACGUCCUUCCUCUACGUCUUAUCCCUACAGGCACGGUCAUUCAUUGUGUCUCCCUGAAACCCGACGGCAAGGGUUUACUCGUGCGUUCCGCAGGGUCGUUCGCACAAAUUGUUACGCACGAGGAAUCUGGGCGGUAUUCCCUCGUUCGAUUGCAGAGCGGUGAAGUGCGAAAGAUAUUGCAAGACUGCUGUGCAAUAGUGGGAAAGGUGAGCAACCCGUUGUGGAAGAGCCGUAAACUGGGUAAAGCUGGGAGAAAUCGCUGGCUGGGUUGGAGGCCUCGUGUCAGAGGUGUAGCGAUGAACGCGAAGGACCACCCUCACGGAGGUGGACGUGGUAAAUCGAAAUCGAACAAACAUCCUGUAUCUAUAUGGGGAUGGCCUACCAAGGGCAAGCGCACUCGCAAACCUGGACCUAAGGGCCCAAAGAACAGCAACAAGAUGGUUGUUCGCGAAAGGCCAAGAGGAAAAGAAAAGCGAAUGGGUACUGCAUGAGUUAUUUUAUUUCAAGGGUGCAAUGUCAUUCUAGUCGCAUACAUUGUUAUCCAGACAUUGCUAAUUUGUUGUUUGUGCGGUUUGAAAUUUCAUGUUGCUCGUCGAUUUUCAGAACGGGUGAGAUUGAGGCUGGAAGUAGACUCCCAUAUAUAUCGAUCUUCAAUCACUCAGGGCUCCAAAACUUCCAUUCAAAUUAACACUGUCAAAACCGUAAUUUUCUCGUAACCGAGAUGGGUGCCAGGGUUUGUUGGACAUGUACGCUGUCGUGGUGACCUGUCUAUCUCAUCCAUGUCCAGCAUCCCGUCAUUGCUGAUACCAAAUUGCACCGAGUUUAAUCUCUCCUGCCAUGUAGCUGUUGGAAUCUGAAUCUGGAAUGUUCAAUUGCUUUCGACAUCUAUUAUGCAUCGCCAUGGUCAAGUCUU